UAGAGACAUGACUUCUACCUCCAGUUCACCUCCUGCUUAGAGGAUUUACACCUUUUAACCCAGAUUCAGAUCGAACACAACUUUAGAGGGUUUGAAUCUCAGUGUAGAGGAGCGAUUGGAGUGGAAGCGAACAUGCAGCCUGCAGAUCUGCUCCGGUUCCUCCUCCUAACUUUUUCCCUCUACACUCAGGGUGUGUAUAGCAGUACGGAGUGUUCGUGCGGGAGGAAUCACUUCACGUGUGCGGUGAGCGUUUUCGGAGAGUGCACCUGUAUCCCCGCCCAGUGGCAGUGUGACGGAGACAACGAUUGCGGGGACCACAGCGACGAAGACGGCUGCAUGUUGCCGACGUGUUCUCCUCUGGAUUUCCACUGCGAUAACGGGAAGUGUAUCCGCCGAUCGUGGGUGUGCGAUGGGGAUAACGACUGUGAGGACGACUCGGAUGAGCAGGACUGCCCUCCUCGGGAGUGUGAGGAGGACGAAUUUCACUGCCAGAACGGGUACUGCAUCCGCAGCCUGUGGCACUGCGACGGCGACAACGACUGCGGUGAUAACAGCGAUGAGCAGUGCGAUAUGAGGAAGUGCUCUGAUAAGGAGUUCCGCUGUUCUGAUGGGAGCUGUAUUGCAGAACACUGGUACUGUGACGGCGACACCGACUGUAAAGAUGGAACGGACGAAGAAAACUGUCCUGCAGAUGUGAUGGCAGCGACGUGCAGUGUGGAGGAGUUCCAGUGUGCGUACGGACGCUGUAUACUGGACAUUUACCACUGCGAUGGAGACGACGACUGUGGAGACUGGUCUGACGAGUCUGACUGCUCCUCUCACCAGCCCUGUCGUUCGGCUGAGUUCAUGUGUAACAGUGGGAUGUGUAUCAACGCUGGAUGGAGGUGUGAUGGAGAAUUUGACUGUGACGACCAAUCAGAUGAGAACAACUGCACCUUGGCCGUGUGUAUGGCGGAUCAGUUUCGCUGUGCGUCCGGUCGUUGUGUGCGGUUGUCAUGGCAAUGUGACGGCGAGGACGACUGUGCAGACGGCAGUGAUGAAGAGGGCUGUGAGAAAAAUGCAGGCUCGGUUCCGUCCUGCGCGUCGGAUCAGUUCCGGUGCGGAAACGGUCGCUGUAUCGGACAGCGCAAGGUGUGUAACGACGUCAACGACUGUGAAGACGGAACCGAUGAGCAUCCGCACCAGGAGUGCAGACCCCGGUCGACAGAGGGGAACUGUAAUCUCGGGAACGGUGGUUGCUCUCAGAAGUGUCAGAUGUCCAGAGGUUUGGUCCAGUGUAGCUGUCACUCCGGGUACAGACUCCGGGAGGACGGCAAGACCUGCCAAGAUGUGGAUGAGUGUGCAGAAGACGGCUACUGCAGUCAGGGCUGUUCUAACACCGAGGGGGGGUUCCAGUGCUGGUGUGUUCAGGGCUACGAGCUCAGACCCGACAAGCGCAGCUGUAAAGCUCUCGGUCCUGAGCCGGUCCUGCUCUUCGCUAACCGGAUCGAUAUCCGGCAGGUCCUGCCGCACCGCUCCGAGUACACCCUGUUAUUAAAUAAUCUGGAGAACGCCAUCGCUCUGGAUUUCCACCACAGUAAUGAACUGGUCUUCUGGUCUGACGUUACGCUCGACCGGAUCAUGAAGGCUAACCUGAACGGCAGCAACGUUGAGGAAGUGGUGUCCACCGGCCUCGAGAGUCCAGGUGGGUUGGCGAUCGACUGGAUCCAUGAUAAACUCUACUGGACGGAUUCAGGGACGUCACGCAUCGAGGUGGCGAAUCUGGAUGGUUCUCAUCGGAAGGUUCUCAUCUGGCAGAGUAUGGAGAAACCCCGCGCCAUCGCUCUACACCCCAUCGAAGGGAAAAUAUACUGGACGGACUGGGGAAACACACCACGCAUCGAAUACGCCAACAUGGACGGCACGGGCCGCAAGAUCAUCGCCGAUACCGACCUGUUCUGGCCCAACGGACUGACCAUCGAUUACGCCGGUCAUCGCAUGUACUGGGUGGAUGCCAAGCACCACGUCAUCGAAAGAGCCGACCUGGACGGGAAGAACCGCAAAGCCGUCAUCAGCCAGGGUCUCCCUCACCCGUUUGCCAUCACCGUGUUCGAGGACAGUCUGUACUGGACCGACUGGCACACCAAGAGCAUCAACAGUGCCAACAAGUUUACGGGCAAGAACCAGGAGAUCAUCCGGAACAAACUGCACUUCCCCAUGGAUAUCCACACCCUGCACCCUCAGAGACAGCCCGCAGGUGGACGUAAUCGCUGCGGCACUAAUAACGGAGGCUGUAGUCACCUGUGCCUCCCGAAUAGUAAGUCCUAUUCCUGCGAUUGUCCCACCGGAUUCAAGAAAGUGGAUCAGCACAACUGCGCCCCCAGUCUUGACAAGUUCCUGCUUUUUGCCCGAAGGACGGACAUCCGUCGGAUCAGCUUCGACACCGAGGACAAAUCGGACUACGUCGUCUCGCUGGCGGACGUCCGUAACGCCGUGGCUCUGGACUGGGACGCCAGGGAUGAAAAGAUUUACUGGACCGACGUCACCACCGACUCCAUCAAUCGCGCUCUGUGGAACGGAUCCGAGCAGGAGGUGGUGGUGGAUACCAGUUUGGAAAGUCCUGCUGGUCUUGCUAUUGACUGGCUCACUCACAAACUCUACUGGACUGAUGCAGGGACGGAUCGUAUCGAGGUUUCCAACGCUGAUGGCAGCAUGCGCACGGUGCUCAUUUGGGAGAAUCUGGAUCGACCUCGAGACAUUGUGGUGGAUCCCAUCGGGGGGUUCAUGUACUGGACAGAUUGGGGUGCAAAUCCCAAAAUCGAGCGAGCCGGGAUGGACGCCUCCAGUCGUGUGGUCAUCAUCUCCACCAAUCUGACGUGGCCCAACGGGUUAGCCAUCGAUUACGAGACUCAGAGGCUUUACUGGGCCGACGCUGGGAUGAAAACGAUCGAGUUCGGCAACUUCGACGGAUCCAACAGACAGGUUCUGAUUGGCACCCAGUUGCCGCACCCGUUCGGCCUGACACUUUACGAAGACAAGAUCUACUGGACGGACUGGCAGUCGAAGAGCAUCCAGAGCGCCGAUAAGCUCACGGGUUUAGGACGGAGCACGUUAGCAUCCAACCUGGAGAACCUGAUGGACAUUCACAUGUUCCACAGACACCGAGAAUCAGUCCAGACGGCGUGUUUGGUGAAUAACGGCGGCUGCAGUCAUCUGUGUUUAUUAGCUCCUGCUCCCAAAGGUUCGAGCUGCGCCUGUCCUACCGGAAUAAACCUACAGGUGGAUGGAAAGACCUGCACCCCUGGAAUGAACAGUUUUCUGAUCUUUGCGAGGAGGACGGACAUACGGAUGGUUUCUCUGGACAUCCCGUAUUAUGCUGACGUGGUUCUGGCUGUUAAUGGAUCCAUGAAGAACACCAUCGCCAUCGGAGUGGAUCCCAGAGAGGGUAAGGUUUACUGGUCCGACAGCACCCUGAAGAAGAUCAGCCGGGCGUAUAUCAACGGCUCGGCGCACGAGGAAGUCGUUUCUACUGGUUUGAUGACGACCGAUGGUUUAGCCGUGGACUCAGUGGGAAGGAAAAUCUACUGGACCGAUACCGGAACCAACCGUAUCGAAGUGGCCAAUCUGAACGGCUCCAUGAGGAAAGUUCUGGUGUGGAGAAAUCUGGACAGUCCACGCGCCAUCGCCCUCUACCAUGAGAUGGGCAACAUGUACUGGACGGAUUGGGGAGAACAUGCCAAACUGGAGCGGGCAGCGAUGGACGGGACGGACCGCGUGGUUCUGAUCAGUAACAAUCUGGGCUGGCCCAACGGACUCGCCAUAGACAAGGCCGGAUCGCAACUGCUCUGGGCCGACGCCCACACUGAGCGUAUCGAAGCGGCGGAUCUGAACGGAUCGAACCGGAGGACGUUGAUCACGCCGGUGCAGCACCCUUACGGUCUGACCCUGCUGGGGCCGCACAUCUACUGGACCGACUGGCAGAGCCGCAGCAUCCAGAGAGCCGACAAAACCACCGGAGAGAACAUCAUCACCGUCCGGUCCAACCUGCCCGGCCUGAUGGACAUCCAGGCGGUGGACCGAGACAGACCGCUGGGUUUCAACCGCUGCGGUCGGAACAACGGCGGCUGUACUCACCUGUGUCUGCCCCGCCCUAACGGCACGUCGUGCGCCUGUCCCACCGGCGUGGUUCUGAAGAGCGACGACCGGUCGUGCGACGACACCCCGGAGUCGUACCUGCUGUUUUCGAACCGCGUCAGCGUCCGGCGCAUAUCUCUGGACACCGGCGACCACACGGACGUCCACGUGCACGUCCCCGAGCUGCACAACGUCAUCUCGCUGGACUACGACAGCGUGCAGGGCAAACUCUACUACACCGACGUUUCUCUCGACGUCAUCAGGCGAGUGAAUCUGGAUGGCACCGGGAUGGAGACGGUGAUCAGUCAAGGCUUGAAGACCACAGACGGUCUGGCCGUGGACUGGGUGGCCAGAAACAUGUACUGGACCGAUACUGGGCGUAACACCAUCGAGGUUUCCAGACUGGACGGAUCGGCGAGAAAAAUUCUCAUCAACAACAGCCUGGAUGAGCCGAGAGCCAUCGCCGUCUUCCCCAGCAAAGGGUUUCUGUUCUGGACAGACUGGGGUCACAUCGCCAAAAUCGAGCGCGCUCAUCUGGACGGUUCGGACCGGAAAGUUUUGAUCAACACAGAUCUCGGCUGGCCGAACGGACUCACGCUGGAUUACGACACUCGCAGGAUUUUUUGGGUCGACGCCCAUCUGGACCGCAUCGAAAGUUCGGACCUGAAUGGCAAACUGCGUCAAGUUCUCGUCUCGCCCGUGUCUCACCCGUUUGCUCUCACGCAGCCGAGGCCGGCUUACUCUCCUCUAACUCGUUUCUCCCGCAUCUCACAGCAAGACCGCUGGAUCUACUGGACCGACUGGCAAACCAAAUCCAUCCAGAGGGUGGAUAAAUAUACCGGGAGGAAUAAAGAGACCGUCCUCGCCAACGUUGAGGGGCUGAUGGACAUCAUAGUGAUCUCGCCAAACCGCCAGACUGGAACGAAUCACUGCGGGGUGAACAAUGGCGGAUGCACCCACCUUUGCUUUGCCAAAACCAACACCUUUGUAUGUGCUUGUCCGGACGAACCUGACGACCGACCGUGCUCCACCAUUCCAGGUUACGUCCCUGUUGUUCAGGAUAAAGCCACCGCCAGCACUCAGACCCCCAACAAACGCCGAAAAGCGGCGACGGAUAAACCUCAGCAGGUCCGACCUCCUCACAAUUGUACGAGCGGAGGUUGUGUUCAGAAUAACGUCGUGUCCGCACCUCACGGAGAGGGACUUCAUGUCAGCUACGUGAUCGGGGGAGCGCUGACCGUGCUGGCCAUUCUCAUCGUCAUCAUCGUCUUCAUCAUUUACAGGCACAAGAAGUCAAAGUUUGCGGAUCCUGGAGUGAGUAACCUGACCUACAGUAACCCCUCGUACCGGACGUCCACGCAGGAGGUGAAAAUCGAGGCGGCGCAGAAACCGCCGAUUUAUAAUCAGCUACGAUAUAAAAAAGAGGACGGCGGCUACACCAAUGAGAAGAUCCGGAUCGUGGAGGGGGUGUGUCUCCUGUCGGGGCAGGAGCUUUACUGGGAGGACCUGAAGCAGCUGAAGGUGUGCAGGGGCGGGACUUUCAAGACCUGCAUGCGCACCGACACCGUCUCCUUACAGGCUAGCUCCGCCUCCCUGCAGGCAAGCUCCGCCUCCCUGGACGACACAGAGACCGAACAGUUGCUUCAGGGUGACCAAUCGGAGUGCUCGAGUCUCAACACGGCUCCGGUGGCCACGCCCAAACGCCACAGCGAGCUCCCCGACACGGGCUGGGUCCCGAAUCGCAAACCCUCCACUGAGUGUGACGUGUGAAACACACACACACACACACACACACACACACACAGAGUACACAACACUGGCACCUGUGAGGGCGGUGCUUAAUUACCACGACUUCGAAUCGACCAAUCGCAAACUUCAUCAUGUGACCUCACAACUAGCGUUUAUUAUUAUUAUUAUUAGCUAAACACUUAGCCAGUUAGUUCGCCGAGCUAACAAUCAGGUAUGUAAUUAUCCUGGCUGAAUGUAGCAUUGCCGCAAGGUUAGCGAGUUAGCUUAGCAGCGUUUCAUGAAGUGCUAGCUAUCCGACGUUAAAUAGCUACCCUGCCGGACUUGCUUUUUAUCGCUCAACUCUUGCGCUAACAUGAGUGGCAUGGCUAAACACAGCUAACCGUGAACUUGGCUAACAUUACGUUAUCUGUCUAGCAUGCUAUCUGAUUAGCAUCUACGCAAUUGUACUCUCUAGCUUUUGUGAAUUCAUUGAGAACCAAUACCAAUGAUCUUGAUGCUGCUAGGAUUAGCCAGCUAGCUAAUCUUCUGUCAGCCUGCCAGCCUGUCGUAAAACAGUCUCUUCAGCGCUCUUAGCCCCUGCUAGCUUAAUACAGCACUGCGUUUCCGCUAGACUAGCCGAGUUUGCUUCCAGGCUACCUUACAGACCGUCUAGGACCGAUUCAAAUAUUAAAGCUAAGUCUAGUCACGUGUCAGCUAAUACUGCGUAACCUGUUUCAUCACAUAAUCACAUAGGUAAAUACGCUGAUUUGUAUUCAAGUUUGUGAUUGGCUGAUGGACCGUACCUGUAGCUCCGCCCCUUUUAAAUUUAGACGCCUGUUAGCGAAACCUUUAUACAUCUGCACACACACACACACAGAGCACCGGCUAAUCAUCCAGUAGCUUCGGUACGCAAAGGACGUCACGACCAGCUGAAUGUUUUGCUAAACGGGAACAGCCGGAGCGGACAACACGCUAUACACUACCCCUCCCACCCCCCCACCUCUGAUGCUCGGAAGCGAGACGUCACGAAUCGUCAUGACUCAUGAACUUUUAUUUAUAAACGUUUUUCUUUAUUAUAAAGUGCUCAGACUGCUAAAGUCCUGCUAGGCGUCGCGCGGUUAAUGACGGCGGACAGCGCCUUCCUCAUCUCCCGUCUCGGACUGAUGAUCUCUCUCAUGGUUGUGAUGUCAUUGUGAAUCAGAGCUGGACGAAACCGCCGCGGAACGUCAUCGCGAUGAAUUCAUCACCUCUACCAAACGUUUCAGGACGGCGGAACGUAGCGUGACGCCGGCGCGCUACAUGGACAAAAGUAUUGGGACGCCCCUUCUAAAUUAAUUAUAUAAAGAAAAUUAUGCUUCUGACUUCACAGCAAUAGUUUAGGGAAGGACCUUUUCUGGUCCGAUCCAGCAUGACUGUGUCCUCACAGCAUUUAUGCUUAAGAUGCUUUGAUCCAAAGUGACGUACAGUUCUGACUGAGUACAGUUUAAGCAAUUGAGGGUUAAGGGCCUUGCUCAGGGGCCCAACAGUGGCAACGUGGCAGUAGUGAGGCUUAAACCUGCAACCUUCUGAUUACUAGUCCAGUACCUCAACCGCUGAGCUACUGCUGUAUUGACUGGAAUGAGCUGGAACAUCAACACAAAUGCUCUCAUCUAUUGACUGAAUAGGCACAAAUUCCCACAGACACACUUCUCACGUCUCAGAAAAGAUCUCACAGAGGUCACUCUGUUUUAGAACGGUCAGACGUCCGAAUACUUUUGGGUAUAUAGCGUAUCUUUAGCAUGUUCUCCAGCUCUGACGUGGAUGUUGUGAUCAGUGCUGUGGGAAUGAAGUGAAGGUGCCGAACCUCAUUAUUAUCGUCACGGUUGUCGUGUUUUCUGUUGCUGUAUUUAUGUUUGGUUUUUACGCUGCGUUUGGAGUCGAUAUCACGAGGUGUAACGACCACUCAUCGUUUUACUCAGUCGCUGGUUUCAGUUCGUUUGUAGCCGUUUAGUUGAACCGAAGUGUAUUUCUACAGUCUCAGCAGGACGCUGAUUUGCUGCUAACACACACACACACACACACACACACACACACACUCAGAGGAGGUAAAUAAUUUAAUCAGUAGUUUGGAGCUCGGCAGCUCGAUCGAUCGUGACGUCAUGACGAACGCCUAGUUUUUACAUGAUUAUUAUAAACAGCCGAUGGAACUGAAAGGGUUUGUUGUACAGAGUCUGUGUGAAUGUGUUGAGUUAUUGUACAGUUCUCUUUUGUACAAAGGGAUUGAUUUUUAUUUCUUUUUUUUAUAUGAACGUGUUAAAGGGAUUGGAAACAUUUUGCUGAUUUAAUUACACAAAGUCGAGCAGCUUCAGGAACAUUUGGGAGAAAAAUAAUAAUAUUUGUAUCGUGUUCUAGACCUCAUUAAACACGAGCUUGUGGUUUAUUUUAUUUUAUUGUAAUAAACGAUGCACUGUUGGCGUUUGUGCUGUAUAAAAAGUCAUAUUUAUACGUUUGGAAGUUCUUCAGGGUGUAUAAACGUGCUGUAACAGGGUGUCGGCAGUGAUGUUUAUUCAGCCACAUGGCUUACACCGAACAUAACCAUUUAUUCAACAUUAUAAACAUUUUUAUAAACAUUUACACAUUAAAUCCAUAUUACCGUUAAACUGCGACGUUCUGAAGUUUAUAAACCAACUAGCAAUAAUUAAAUGUAGUAAAAUAUUUUUGCUUAAUGAGACCUCAUUAUUUUAUAUUAUAUAUUACAGCUAAUAAAAGGGCGGCACGGUGGCUCGGUGGGUAGCACUGUCGCCUCACAGCAAGAAGGUCCUAGGCGGGGCUAUCCGGGUCUUUUCUGUGUGGAGUUUGCAUGUUCUCCCCGUGUCUGCGUGGGUUUCCUCCGGGUGCUCCGGUUUCCUCCCACAGUCCAAAAACAUGCGCCAGGCUAAUUGGAGACACUGAAUUGUCCUAUAGGUACCAGCUGCUAGGAUGCACAAACCUGUGCAUUGUAGUGCCGGUCCCAAGCCCGGAUAAAUAGGGAGGGUCGUGUCAGGAAGGGCUUCCGAAAUAAAACUCUGAUCCGCCGGUGACAAAAAUAUUUUCAAUAUGUAUAACACAUACAAACACUUAUUCUGGUGCUUUUUAGCAAAACUGGUUAAUAUUAAUACUGGAUUUUGCUCGUGUGGUGCAGCAGACGUGUCGUACGCCAGCGCAUCUCAGGUUCGAGUCUCUCAACGAUCACGAUUGACUUUCGUUUAAGCUCCUUGUUGCUGCAACAGCGACUCCCACAGUCUGUUUGAGGUAUUUACAUGGAAUAGGGAAGAAUACAGAGAGAGUAGUGUGGUCUUCUGUACACACAGCGUGUGUCAGCCUGUCGCCCUUCUCAGCCAUCUAAGGCGUCAUGCAGCCGACUGAGGUUGCCAGAACAUACAGGGGAAUUAAGUAUUAAAAGCAGAAGAACAGUAUAUGCAUAUUUAUUUAUUAUUCUUUCUUUCGGCUGAUCCCGUAUUUUCGGGUCACUACAGCGGAUCUGGUCUGCAAACCAGUGAGAGCACGGUGACAACAAUUCCACCUCUCAAUAACUAAGCUGUUUUGGUUGCCCCCCCAUCCCCGCCCUUCAGUCAUUAGCCUGUCUGUUCAGUCUACUGACCAGCAGAUGGCGCCACUGAGAUUUAUAUCUUGGGUUUAAAAAUAAUAUUGAUUAUUUUUUUUCAAUAUUGUGUUUGUAUAAAUAUUGUUUAUAUUUAUAAAUGUGUUUUUUUUUAUUCUUUCACACAAACAUUGUUAGUCACUUACAAUUGAUGUUAAAUUUGAUAAUAAAUUGGCAUUUUAUUAAGUUUUAUGUUGGUAAUAUGAAGACAUUGGCAGUAAAAGUUAUCAUUUCUCAACGUAUUGAUACACUCGUGUUGGAAUAUAUUAAAUUACAUUUCAAUGUUAAUAUUUGGAUUUUAAUCUUUAUUCUAAAUACAACAGUGGAAGAAUUUACAUUUUCAUUGAUUAGGUUCAUUACUGACAGAAUUCGGUGUAACGCCUGCGGCUCACCUGCGGCUUAGUUAAUACGAACAGCAGUAAAACAGCGACAUCUAGAGUCGCACAAUUUAUCGCUAACAGAAUUCAUUGCAACACCUGAGGGCGUUCUCUCGCCCUCUAGUGGACAACUUGUGUAAUGACACCUUUUUUAAUCGUCAGACGUUUGAACAGGGCCUGUUUUAAACUUAAAGUUAGUUAAUAAUUUAGUUUUAUGGACUUUCUUUGUCUUUUUUAAACAUUUUCUUUAAUUGCUGUCUCUAAAAAAGUCGGAACAAGUCCUGAAUUAAACAUCGAAAUUAAAUAGACAAAGAAGUAACUGAGCCUAAAGCGACUUACAGUUGUGACCUUGUACAGUUCAAGCUUAAACCAGGGACCCAAGUUCCUGUAUGUCUGUGUAUGUCAUCACCAAAAUGUUGAACAAUCCCUUUAACGUCACUCACUGGAGAGUUUUUAUUUAACCACUUUCUCUUGUGUGUAAACGAUGCCAGUUAUUUAACAGAGUGCUCUUUUCUUAUUGCUCACACGUAUCUGUUGUAAAGUUAACGAAGAAAUAUUUAUGAUUCCGGCGGUCGGUUGUGUCACUUAGAUGUAAAUAUGAUGAAUUGUGUAAAUGUAUUUUCUGCGUUGCGAUACUAACAUGCCGUGUUGUGUGACAGUGAUUUACUCUUUGCUAUCUUUUAAUAUAAAACUGCAUUUGCAUUUGAAUAGAAA